CUCCUUCGUACUUCAGUUUCCUCUACAUUUAUGUCACUUCUGGCUGUGGUUUCCUCGCGGAGGCGGCUGAAAGUGAUGGUUUUGUGCUUCUUUUGCAGAGAAUGGGUGCUGAAAAGCAGCCUGCUGAUAGCCAUGGCGGUGUACACCUACCUGCGGCUCAUCGUGGACCACCACGGCACCUCUCAGCUGCAGGCGCUGCGUCAGAAGGAGGUGGAUUUCUGCAUCUCCCUGCUGCGGGAGCGGUUCAUGGACUGCUUCAUGAUCGGCCGGGACCUCGUACGGCUGCUGCAGAACGUGGCGAGGAUCCCCGAGUUCGAGCAGCUCUGGAAGGACAUCAUCCACAACCCGCAGGUCCUCAGCGCGCAGUUCACAGGUGUCCUGCAGCUCCUGCAGUCCCGGACUUCGCGCAAGUUCCUGGCGUGCCGCCUCACCCCGGACAUGGAGACCAAGCUGCUCUUCAUGACCUCGCGG